UCUGGAUCAGAUGUCUCCCUCCCCUGCUGUGCCCUUUCAGACUAAUGCGCAUGGAGAGAGCAGAGUUUGUCGUUUGGAGUGGGGAUAGACAGAGCGUAGAUGGGUAAAAUGUGGGUGAGAGUGGUUUGGCUGGGCCGUGAUCAGAGCAGGAAGUUCUGAGUGUGGUUAAUCAAGCGGAACAAAGGAGGGAAGCUGCUGCUCUACCCUUCCUUAUACAACAUUACAGUACAGUCUUCAGACUGCAGACACUGAGACAGGAGAGAAGGUUAGACCGAAGAGAAAGUAACAUUAACUAAAGGCUAAAGAUCCAGCAUUGCUAACCAAAGAGGAGAGCCCUUCAGAAGGCAGGUCAUGCAGCCUGUUUGACUACAGAGGAGGCUGUCUGGGCCCUGUGAUGCCGUCUGCAGGUCCAAAUCCUGAGGGUGGUGGCCCUGCUUCUGGGCAGGAGUCUGGGGGUCGGAGGCUGUCCUGGCCGGUCCUGCUGCUGACCCUGGCAGCGGUCACCUCCUCAUCUCUUUCUGCUUUGUCUCUGUACCACCUGGUUGCCCUGAGAGCCGAGGUUGAGGAGCUCCGGUCAGAGGUCUUCCGCAAGAGAGAGGAGCAACAAGAGGCCAGGCAUGGAGAGACACUGCAGCAGAUGAGCAGCAGCUCCAGAGCCAGAAGGAGCAGCCCAGACCAUCCACACCCUCCUGACCCCCAGCCUGGGCUGUCCUUCGUCAGGAAGAGGAGUGUGGGCACAGGAACUGAGAACACAGUGUCUCAACCUUGUCUACAGAUGCUGGCAGAUAGCAACAGGAAAACAUUCCAGAAAGUGUUUGCAUUGGAGCCUUACACAGGGAUCCCCUGGCAGGCGGGGCUUAGGAGAGGCUCCGCCCUGGAGGCAGAGAGUGACAGCAUCCUGGUCAGAGAGGAGGGAUACUAUUUUGUCUACAGUCAGGUGUACUACAUGGACACAACCUUUGCCAUGGGUCAUGUGGUGAUUAGGAAGAAGAGGAACGUGGUGGGAGAUGAAGCUCAGCAUGUCACAUUGUUCCGCUGUAUCCAGAACAUGAACCCUGUCUACCCAUACAACACCUGUUACACAGGGGGUGUAGUGAAGCUGGAGGUCGGGGACAGUGUGGAGCUGUUGAUCCCUCGCUCUACAGCCAAAGUUUCUCUGGAUGGAGACUCCACGUUCCUGGGGGCUGUCAGACUGGCCUGACCCUGACCAGGGGAGUUGGACUGGGGGGACUAGGGGAUACAAUCGGCAUCAUGUGGAGAUGGACACUGCUGGGACUAGAAGUUUUGAUCUGGUGGAUACUGGUGGUGGUGUACAAGAUAAUUAUUUUAAAUGAACUAUGGCUUGUGGGUCUCAUAGCAAUAUGAUCUAUUCUACUAUGAUGCCAUCUGCUUUACAGUGUGACUGAGGGACGGACGGACAGACUCAGAAUCCUGGCCUAUGACUGGAGAGCCUGGCUGAUGAUGAUGAUGAUGAUGACGACAGUAGUGUCACCCUCUGUCACUGUGUGUGAUCUGAAAUGUUUGAGGCUUAUACUGGCAGGUGUCUCACCAUUCACUCAUAAACUUCUUUACACAUGUUAUGAUCAUAUACAGUACAUAGAUAGUCAAGACACAGUCCCAGCCAUGACUACCUCUCUGUCAGAAUUCACUUUGAUGCCAAGAUGAUGAUCAUUUUGACCACCUGCAUACUAAAUAAAUUUGUAUUUCAUUGUGUUGUA